AUGGCUAAUCUAAAUCCCGCGGCUUAUACUAAUGGUAUUAACUUAACAAAUGGAAUAGUUGGCGUGCCAAAUACCCCCAGAGGUUUGGCUCAUAUGCACCUAGCCAUGGGACAAACACCUCACACCCUCAACCCAGCAAUGCAACAAUAUGGUCUUGGGAUUCCAAUGCUGGCUAACAUGCCGGCUAUAAAUAACUCCAGAUUACAAGGACAAAGACAAAUGGCAUUAGCUCAAAAUCCGUCACCUCCUAUUUCACCUCAACAAUCUCAAGGAACAUGCAUUCUACGAUUAUUUAUGUUCAGUGAAUACCUAACGAACGAGACUUCUAAUAAAAAGGAUAUAGGUUAUUGGCAACGAUUUGUAAAUGAAUUUUUUUCAGAGGAUGGAAAAUUCAGAUAUGGACUAUGGAACUGUCUUACAACAGAAAAGAGGAUGUUUGAUAUACCGAAUCCAGUCAUUUCAAGAUUUUUCCAAGUAAAUUUUGAAUCUGGUGUCACAUCAAUACAGCUCACAAUGAAUAAUAUCAAAGAAAAUUUAAGUCAUCCGAUUAUCAUUGGAAACAAUGGUUUUGCAGCACCAGUUAGCACUGUCGAAGCAAAGGCCUCAAUGAUAUAUAAUUAUGGAGAUGGAUCAAGGGUUGUGGCGACAGGUCUUCUUAAAGUGAGAUUUAAUUAUAAUAUUAAAAUAGACAUAUUCGAAUUUACAACAGAAAAGCAUAUAGAGUAUGUGCCUCGGCUUAUUAAUAUACUACCUGGGAGUCCGAUUGGGGAAUAUGGUAUUCCUACGAAGACACUACGAAGCCUAGAAGUCGCUGAAGGUGUAGUGACAUUAAAUGAUUUAAUAGCAACAGUAAUUAAUUCAAAUAAAGGACCUUUACAGGCUUUAAGUGCCCUGGCAAAUCCGGAACAAAAGCCACAAAAUAUCAUAAAUCAAUCGAACGAUACUCCACUAACACCAGGCCCAUCACCAUCUGAGAUACCUGCCAAAACUCCUAAAGAAAAAGUUGAAAAUACGUCCACGGAUAAUAAUACACAACAAUCCACGACAAAUGAUGUAUCAGUACCAUCACCAUCAACAUCAAAUGCAAUUGCAAAACAAGAAUCGCCAUCAGUGAAACCAAAAUCUCCAGUUCUAAGUGGUAAGAGGCCAAGUGAUCCUAAUGUUCAGAAACCAAAACGGACGCGAACGAAUCAAAGAAAAGGUAGUCGACAAGAAACUGGAUCAUGA